GAUCGGUUUAUUAUUACAGGUAAAAAAAAUUGAUGCUUUCGUCUCGUGUGAGCAAAGAAGCGAACAACCACACGACACGAACCACGAUCCAUAGUGUUGGUCUCUGAAGAAGCUUCCCCAUCCCCUGCCGGAGCGACUCGGUCGUGACUCAGUCCGAGUUUAAACCGGGAUUCGGUUCUUCGUUUCGACACCAUGGAGUUGAUUGACAUGAAUUCAAUGGCUUCUUCGAUCGGCGUAUCGGUCGCCGUCCUCCGUUUCCUCCUCUGCUUCGUGGCCACGAUCCCCGUCUCUUUCGCUUGGCGGAUCGUCCCGAGUGGACUCGGUAAACACGUGUAUUCCGCCUCUUCAGGUGUUUUACUCUCUUACCUAUCCUUCGGCUUCUCCUCCAAUCUUCACUUCCUCGUUCCGAUGAUGAUCGGCUAUGCUUCCAUGGCGAUUUGUCGACCCAAGUGCGGAAUCAUCACUUUCUUCCUGGGUUUCGCUUAUCUCAUUGGCUGUCAUGUGUUUUACAUGAGUGGAGAUGCGUGGAAAGAAGGAGGAAUCGACGCUACAGGAGCGUUAAUGGUGUUAACACUGAAAGUUAUCUCGUGUGCUAUAAAUUACAACGAUGGGAUGUUGAAGGAGGAAGGUCUACGCGAAGCUCAGAAGAAGAACCGAUUGAUUGGGAUGCCGUCUUUGAUCGAAUACUUUGGUUACUGCCUCUGUUGCGGUAGCCACUUUGCUGGUCCUGUUUAUGAAAUGAAAGAUUAUCUCGAAUGGUCCGAAGGAAAAGGAAUUUGGGAAACUUCCGAGAAAAGAAAGCGGCCAUCGCCAUAUGGAGCAACAGUGCGAGCUAUAUUGCAAGCUGCGAUUUGCAUGGCUCUGUAUCUCUAUCUAGUGCCUCAAUAUCCGUUAACCCGGUUUACUGAACCCGUAUACCAAGAAUGGGGUUUCUGGAGGAAAUUUGGCUACCAAUACAUGGCGGGAUUAACGGCUCGAUGGAAGUAUUACUUCAUCUGGUCAAUCUCAGAGGCUUCGAUUAUCAUCUCUGGUUUGGGUUUCAGUGGUUGGACCGAAGAUGCUUCACCAAAGCCGAAAUGGGACCGUGCUAAGAACGUAGACAUUCUCGGUGUCGAGCUUGCUAAGAGCGCGGUUCAGAUUCCGCUUGUGUGGAACAUACAAGUCAGCACCUGGCUCCGUCACUACGUGUAUGAGAGACUUGUGAAGAACGGGAAGAAAGCUGGUUUCUUUCAGUUACUAGCUACACAAACCGUCAGUGCGGUUUGGCAUGGAUUGUAUCCUGGUUACAUGAUGUUCUUUGUUCAGUCAGCUCUGAUGAUCGCCGGCUCACGGGUUAUUUACCGGUGGCAACAAGCGAUCACUCCGAGAUUAGCAAUGCUGAGAAAAAUCAUGGUGUUCAUCAACUUCCUCUACACCGUUUUGGUUCUCAACUAUUCAGCCGUUGGUUUCAUGGUGUUAAGCUUGCACGAAACACUCACUGCGUAUGGGAGCGUGUAUUACAUUGGAACAAUCAUACCUGUUGUAUUGAUUCUCCUCAGCUACGUUGUUCCUGCGAAGCCCUCUCGUUCAAAACCGCGUAAGGAAGAAUAAACAGUUCUCUUCUUCUCUUAACGGUAAGUUCCGUUCCCGCGCUUCUUCUUAUUCUGUAACAUUGAAAACAAACCAAUCCGGUCCUUGUUUCUCUCUGAUUUUUGGUACAGAUUAUUUUUUGUAUUUGUGUUGCUUAUAAGUCUCUUACUUUUUCAUAGGGUUUUUUUUUAAUUGAUAUGGGAUCUUCAAUUUUAUCUGCAAUAAGUAUACGUUAACUGCAAUUGUGAGAAUUAUUAUUGUUUACGUUUGAUGUUUUUUUUUCUAUUUAAGUUGUAAGAGUAUUCUACUUAUUAUUUCAUCAUGUACCCCACUAACAAAUCCAAUAGUUCGCAAAAUAUUUUUUUCUCAAUUGGCGGCAGCUUUUUCCCAAAA